AACAUGCAAUUUUUUAUUUAAUUAUAGAUCUCAAAAUGGCAAUUCUAUUGGAUCCUAAAGUGUCCAACUGGAUUAUGCAAUGGAAUCAAUGUUGAAGACGACAACACCAUCUGUUAGCGAUAUUUUCAACAACAUGGAGUAUGGACCUGCAUCGGAGUCAGAUAAAGUUGCUGAGAAAUGGCUGGAUGAGCAUGACAGGAAGUUUGGUCUGUUCAUUAAUAAUACCUGGGUUCAUCCGGAGGGAAGAAAUCUUUACGCAACCAAGAAUCCUAGCAAUGGAAAAACUCUGGCUAGCACCACUCAGGGAACUGCUGAGGAUGUGGACACAGCUGUCAGAGCUGCAAAGGAAGCUCACAAGAGCUGGAGCAAACUCAGUGGAUAUGAGCGGGCUAAGCAUCUGUACAGUGUUGCUCGGCAUGUGCAGAAACAUUCAAGGCUUAUUGCUGUUGUUGAGGCUCUGGACAAUGGGAAAUCAAUCAGGGAGACUAGAGAUGCAGAUAUUCCGGUGGUGAUCAGACAUCUUUACUACUAUGCAGGCUGGGCACAGAUGAUGGAGGAGACUUUGCCAGGAUGGGAGAGUGUUGGUGUUAUUGGAGCCAUUGUUCCCUGGAAUUUUCCUCUUAUGCUUCUUACUUGGAAGGUUGCUCCAGCUUUAGCAAUGGGAAAUACUGUUUUGCUCAAGCCUGCAACUUACACUAGGCUCUCUGCUCUACUUUUUGCUGAGAUCUGUGCAGAAGCCGGUCUUCCUGCUGGUGUCUUCAAUGUGGUGACAGGUGGUGGUGCUAUGGGUCAACUUUUAGCUGAACACAGUCUUGUGGAUAAAGUUGCAUUUACAGGAUCAACAGAGAUUGGGAAGGUAUUAAGGAUGGCCAUAGCUGGCACAGGAAAGAAAAUUUCUCUUGAGCUUGGAGGCAAAUCUCCUGUUGUGGUUUAUCACAAUGCGGACUUAGAUUCAGCAGUUGAGAGUGUAGUUGAUGCCAUCUGGUUCAAUCAGGGCCAGGUCUGUUCUGCUGGGUCAAAGCUGCUUGUCCAAGAACCAGUUUUUGAUGUAUUUAUAUCAAAGCUCAAAACAAGACUUUCAAAAUUCAGAAUUGGAAACAGUAUGGAUAAGACUGUGGAUAUGGCAGCAAUUGUGGAUGAAUCUCAAAGAAAGUCAAUAGCAGAGUAUGUAGAAGAUGCCAGAUUAGAAGGAGCUGAUGUUUUUCAGACAGAAGCUCCCCCUGGCUGCUUUUACCCCCCAACCCUUAUCACAGGGGUGAAUUCUGCAAGUAGAGUUGUUAUGGAGGAAAUAUUUGGUCCUGUUCUUGUUGCACUUCCCUUCAGAACAGCAAAGGAGGCAAUUGCACUUGCUAAUAACACUCUAUAUGGACUUGGAGCCAGUGUUCAUUCUGACCAAUUAACCCUUGCUCUGGAAACAGCUAAACAUAUCCAGGCUGGUGCUGUUUGGAUAAACUGUCACAACCAGUUUGAUGCAGCUGCGGGGUUCGGAGGAUUCAAGCAAUCUGGGUUUGGGAGAGAUGGAGGACGAGAAGGGCUUUUUGAAUAUGCUAAGCCUGCCUGGGUUUCCUGCGAGGUGGUAGCUAAACCAGAUGUGGAUUUCAAGAAGUUUGGAUCCAGCGAUGAUGCAGCUGGCCCUGCCAUAACUGGCAUAAAUGCAGCUGGUGCUAAUUCACCAGUAGACAGAACCUACAAGCUGUACUAUGGAGGGGCGCAGAAGCGACCAGAUGGGAACUAUUCAAGAAUUAUUAGGUCCCCUGCGGGUGCUGUUCUGGCUCAGGUUGGAGAAUCAAACCGUAAAGAUGUAAGGAAUGCAGUUGAAGCUGCCAAAAAAGCUCAGCCGGGCUGGGCCAAGAAAACUCCAUUUAACCGACAGCAAAUUCUCUACUACAUUGCUGAAAAUUUAGAGAUUAGGAAGGCUGAGUUUGUAACCGGAUUAAUAGAAAUGACUGGGGUUUCCCUAGAAGCUGCUACCAAGGAAGUUGAGAGAAGCAUAGAACGUUUGUUCUAUUGGGCCGGGUAUGCUGAUAAGUACGGUGGUACAGUACAAGAAACACAGCUCUACGGAUCAGUGAUUAAAAUCCACGAACCCUUGGGAGUUAUUGGAAUUGUGUGCCCGGAUCUAAACCCUCUCCUCAGUUUUAUUUCGCUGCUUGCUCCAGCUAUUGCUAGAUCUAAUACAGUGGUGAUAGUUCCCAGUGAGCAGUAUCCUCUGGUUGCAUUAGGUCUAUAUCAGAUAUUUGAGACUAGUGAUCUACCAGCUGGUGUUGUAAAUAUACUGACUGGAAGCAGGGAUCAUAUAACUAAACCAUUGGCCGAGCAUCAGGACGUAGAUGGAGUCUGGUAUUUCAACAGUAGAGAGGGAUCAGCAUUCGUCGAACAUGCUUCAGCAGUUAACGUGAAGAGGACCUGGGUGGAUUACGGUAAGUCCAGGAACUGGCUGGACAACAAGGAGGGGCAGGGGGAGGAGUUUCUCUAUCAUUCAGUUCAGGCCAAGAACAUUUGGUUAACUAUGGGAGAUAUCUUCGCUAACUAACUGCAAACCUGCAGACCACUAUGUAUGUGAAUUGUACAUGAGAAGUGUUCUAUGUACUGUAGUUUACAGGGUAAACCACAAAGUAUGAGACUUUAGAAACUGUUUUAUACUUUUUCUUCCAUUUGAAAUUCCGAAGCUGUAAACUUGUUUCUUUCUUUGCCAAAUUAUAAAAGAUUCUUUUAAACGAUUACAUUUGAUUCCAAAAUCCAAAAAAGUACUGUACACCUUACCGAGUUAAAUGUCGUCAUUAAAGUUGCAUUCUUUGUGGAUAACCCUGUACAUGCAACCUGCAGCACAAUAUGUGUAUGCAGUGCAUGGAUAAAACUCCUGUUAAAAAAAGUGCACAUUUUUAAAUCAAUGAAUACAUUGUAAAUAAAUUGUUGCAAAAAUA